UCAUCCCCAUUAAAGAAGAAGGAAGCUUUGAAACAUCUGCCCUGCUUUUGAUUUGCAAGUACACUGGGGCUUCCAUCUUCUUCCCAAGAACCAACAAAUAACCAUCCAACCCUCUCUUGCAACCAGACCACCAAAGUCCUUGAGAGAGGAGCUUGCAUGCAGUUACCCUAAAAAAAGAUGAUGCUCCAUAUGAUUGCCACAAGUCAUUAUAAAAGGGUAGCUAGCCACCAAUAACUUGUCUCUGCAGCUAGGCCCUCUUCUCAUCUCAUCUCAUCUCAUCUCAUCUCAGCUCUUCCUUCUCUUCCACUUCUCCCUCCAAAUAAAUCCUAACCCCCUACACACACACACUCCAGCUAGUAGUAGUACUUGUGCUUGUGCAUGGUCAUGUCCAACUCCAAACCCAUCUGUCUAUAAGGAGCUACCUAGUUGUACCCUCAGAGUGGUUCAUCGAUCAUACUCAUAUAUAGUAGCUCCGAGGUGACCAACAAUGUCAAGGAGAAAAGGAGCAGCAGCAGCAGGAGGAGCUGGGCCCAUGGCGAUGGCGGCCAUGGAAGAGGAGGCAGCCGAGCUGAGGAGAGGCCCCUGGACCCUGGAGGAGGACAACCUCCUCAUGAGCUACAUUGCUUGCCACGGCGAGGGCCGCUGGAACCUCCUCGCCCGCUGCUCCGGGUUGAAGAGGACGGGGAAGAGCUGCCGGCUCCGGUGGCUCAACUACCUGAAGCCGGACAUAAAGCGGGGGAACCUGACGGCGGAGGAGCAGCUGGUCAUCCUGGAGCUCCACGCCAAGUGGGGCAACCGGUGGUCGCGGAUCGCGCAGCACCUCCCCGGCCGCACCGACAACGAGAUCAAGAACUACUGGCGGACCAGGGUGCAGAAGCAGGCGAGGCAGCUCAAGGUGGAUGCCAACUCCGCCGUCUUCCGCGACGCCGUCCGCUGCUACUGGAUGCCCCGCCUCCUGGACAAGAUGUCCAUGGCCGCUGCUUCCACGGCCGUGCCGCCGCCGUUGUUGGAGCAGAAGCAGAACUGCCACGGCGUCAUGUCCUCCUCGCACUCGCAGCAGUCACCUGCCAUCUGCGGCGACCAGCUCGGCUGCUACCCCGCCGCCAGCUUCGACCCGAGCCCUAGCGCGUCGACGUCGGGAUCGACGGCGGCAGCCGCGCUGCAACCGGCGCCGGUGCCCUGCUUCUCCGAACUCAACUGGGAGGACCAGUACUACUACCCCGGCGGAGGCGACCUCGACGGUGGCGGCGCUGGUGGGUUGGAGUUGGACUCGGCGGCGCUGCUGGGAAGCCUCGGCCUCGACGGGCUGGACCUAGGGCCGGCAGAGUCCUACAUCCCGGACGCGACGCUCCUAGACUACCUCAACUACUCGAGCUGCACGGCCAACGCCAUGAACAUGAUGACGACGAACGGCGGCAACUACUACAACAACAUCUACUGUGGCGGCGACGCCAUGGUCGACGGCGAUCACCACGACCCGACGACGGCGACGACGUGCCACGCGGCGAGGAAGCUGGCAGGCGAGUGGGGCGGAGGGAUCUAGAAAAUUCUAGCUAGGUACCUAGUGAUUAAUCAAGCUAGAAUUAAUCCCAGCAAGUGGAUGGAUGGCACUCUCCUACUACUACUCCCCUAGCUACGUUGCUUCUUGCAACGUCUCUCCAUAUUAAAGCCAGAUGUCACAUUGGCUAAUGGAGCUCAUCAUCAUCGCCGUCGACCAUCUAGUGAUCAAAGUUACCAAUUGAUCGAGAUUGCUAGCUCUAGCUCUCUUACUAGCUACUAGUUGAUUCUAGUGUAGUCGGUCGAUGUGGUGCAUGCAUGAAUGUGGUGUAAGCUUUUGGAUCUAGUAACUACGUACGUGUGUGCUCUUUCUUAA